AUGGCUUCCCCAAAUCCCACGCUUCGCCACCAGGUCAUUCGGAUAUACAAGGACUUGCUUUUCAUGGGCCGUGAAUAUCCUCAGGGAUACGAUUACUUCAGAACACGUCUGCACAAGGCAUUUGCAAGCCAAAAGAAUUUGACCGAUGAAGCCAAAAUCAAGCAGGGUAUUGAGAGAGCGGAAUACGUGAAGAAAGAAAUCGAAGCACUAUACUAUCUGAAGCGUUAUCGCACCUUGCGCCAGCGCUACGACAAACUCGCCUGA